UCCCUGAUGUCCUUCUAUGUCUCUGUGUCCCCAGGGUGUCUGAGAGGAGCAGGGCGUCAUGGAGCGAGGACCCCCCAACAUGACUGUGUCCCCCACGCCUGAAUAUCCAGGAUAUGGUUCUGGCAAUUCAACGGAGCAUAGUGAAGGUCAUAAUUCAUCUGGCAGCCUUGACAUUUAUGACUGGAUGAACCUCCUCUCUCUGCUCAUUGCCCCGCUUGGACUGCUGGGGAACGGCGCCGUCCUGUGGCUCCUGGGCUUCCGCAUCCGGAGGAACCCCUUCUCUGUCUACAUCCUCAACCUGGCGGCGGCCGACGCCCUUUUCCUUUGUAGCUCUUUUCUUAGAUCCAUACUUGCACUUUUUAGAUUUAACGAUGUAACAUGGACAAUACUGUCAUUCUUCAUAUACACGUCCUACACUGCGGGCCUGAGCCUCCUGGCGGCGAUCAGCACCGAGCGCUGUCUCUCAGCGUUCUUCCCCCUCUGGUACCGAUGCCGUCGCCCCAAGCACACGUCGGCCGCGAUCUGCGCCGGGGUCUGGGCUCUGGCCGGGAUGUGCGGGCUACUGUCUCUCGUUCUUUGGCAUAGUUCUGAUCAUAACAUUUUCACCUUCUUCACCAUCCUGGUUACGUGGCUCCUCCUCCUCACGUGUGUGAUGUGCGUGUCCAGCCUGACUCUGCUGCUGAGGGUCCAGUGCAGGUCCCGGCCCCCGCGGCUCCCCAGGCUCUACCUCCUGGUGCUGCUCACGGUCCUCGUGUUCCUGCUCUGCUGCCUGCCCAUGGGGAUCUGGGCUGUCCUGAGUUUCUGGUUCCACACAUAUCUCAUGUCUUAUUGGCUCUGUGACCUCCUGGCCUGUGUGAACAGCAGCGUGAACCCCCUCAUUUACUUCUUCGUGGGCAGACUAGGGCAUAAACGGAGGGAGCCUCUCAGGGUGGUGCUCCAGAGGGCCCUUGGGGACGAGCAGGAGUUGGGAGGUGAGACAACAAACACUCCCCACUCCAGCCGCCCGGAGACUACACUCCGAGCCUAAGAAGAAGAUAUUCAGACACAGCAGCCCUUGAAAGGAGCUCCCUGCCCCAGACAGAGUAGCAACUUCCCUCUCUCUGGGAGGAAAAUCAGGAUUCCCCUGCCAUUAUUUAUGUGGAUGCCUAAGAUGUGAACUCUAGGCAAUGAACAUUUAUUAGGUGCCUAUUGUAUGUCAGGCAGCCGAGGCCACAUCUACUCUAAGAAUGUAGCUGUAUAACCUUGCACAAGUCACUCGACUCUGCCUCAAUUUCCUCAUCUGUAAAAUGAACUAUCAAAAGAAAUGCAAAGCUCUCAAGUAUCUUUGUCCAGAAAAUCCCAGAUAGGGUCAUAUGACUGAACAACAAGACUAUACCAGGAACUGUACUAAGCCCUUCAAAACAUCUCAUUUAGGGGCUGAUAGG